UGAUAUAGAUAUAAGGACAUUUCUACAUCGCGUCACGUGACAUAAUUACCACUAGAAUCAAUCAAGAUGAAUUGCACGUCAGCACACGGUGGGGAUUUUUUCUUAGUUGAUCCUGUCCAAACCCUCUUGUGCAAUAGAUGGAUCUUGUUCAAUGCAUUGAAGCCUCCUGGUUCCUUGCAAUCGCAAAAAAGAAGACAUGACUGAGUUUGACGAUUGCAGUCACGGCACAUCCAAUAUGUAUCUGCCAGGGUGCGCUUAUUACGUCUCACCCUCAGAUUUCUCGACGAAACCCUCUUUUUUGUCUCAGUCGUCGUCCUGUCAAAUGACUUUUCCUUAUUCUUCUAAUUUACCUCAUGUUCAACCUGUGCGCGAAGUAGCAUUCAGGGAAUACGGAUUAGAGUGCAGCAAAUGGCAGUAUAGGGGCAGUUAUGCUCCUUAUUACUCAGCUGAAGAGGUGAUGCACAGAGACUUUCUGCAGCCUGCGAACAGGAGGACGGAAAUGUUGUUCAAAACGGACCCUGUCUGCGGCCACCACGGACCGUCUCCCGCCGCCUCCAACUUCUACAGCUCGGUGGGGAGAAACGGCAUCCUGCCGCAAGGUUUCGACCAGUUUUACGAGACAGCCCCCGGACCCCCGUACCAGCAGCACUCCGAGGGCGAGGGGGACGCGGAGAAGGGCGACUUGAAAGCCCAGAACAACACUUGCAGUAAAACACCUUCCAGCCAGGAGAAGAAAGUGACACCAGCAAACAGCGCCGAUUCCCCUUCUGGUGAGGCUGUUGCAGAGAAGAGCAACAGUUCAGCAAUUCCCCAGCGAUCAAGGAAAAAGAGGUGUCCCUAUACCAAAUAUCAGAUAAGAGAACUGGAACGGGAAUUUUUCUUCAACGUGUACAUAAACAAAGAGAAAAGACUGCAGUUGUCCAGAAUGCUCAACCUCACUGACCGGCAAGUUAAAAUCUGGUUCCAGAAUCGAAGGAUGAAAGAAAAGAAACUGAACAGAGAUCGACUCCAGUAUUUCACUGGGAAUCCCUUGUUCUGA